AUGGAGGUUGCGCAGACGCUCGUCCGCUCCGUCAUGCGCGCCUUCUACACGACACAGGAGGUCCUGGUAAUCGAGGCGCUGGUAACACACUCGGCUCUCCGCGACGACGAGCUGGCCUACUUGAUGAAAAUGAACAUCAAGGACCUGCACAAGCUCUGCGCCUCCCUGCGCGACGCCCGCUUCCUCGUUAUGCACACGCGGCCCGAGAUGCAGCAGGGCAAGACGCGGCCCAUCAACCGAACCUACUACUACAUUGAUUACCGCCAGACCAUCGACGCCAUCAAGUGGCGCGUCUACAAGAUCGACAAGGACAUGCAAGGCGUCGCCCAGCCCGCCGACGAGUCCAAGGAGUACUUUUGCCCCAACUGCGACGCCCAGUGGACCCAGCUCGAGGUGCUCGACUCGUUCUCGCCCCAGGGCUUCACGUGUGGCCGGUGCGGCGAGGUGCUGGAGCGGUCCCAAGAGCGCGAGGCCCCGGGCCACCAGCAGCUGUCGCGCAUGAACAACCAGUUCAAGUUCAUGACGGACCUGCUGCAGGAGGUGGACAAGGUCGGCGUGCCCGAGUGCAACUUCGACAAGGCCCUGGCCAUGGCCCGCCCCGUCGUGCGCGAGCCCACCCACGAGGUGCUCGCCAGCAUUCCCGUCGACACAGGCCUCAACAAGCCCUCGGCCGUCAAGGGCCUUGCCAACGUCGGGCCCAAGACAAUGCACGUCACCAUCUCGGACGGCGACAACGAGCAGGAGAAGAUCGAGGACCGCAAGCGAAAGGAGCGCCUGCUCAAGGAGAACGCCCUGCCCUCGUGGAUCACCGAAAGCUCUGUGCCCGCCAUCAGCCAGACCCAGUCGUUUGAGAUGCGCGACGCAGAUCGCGAUGAAGACAUGGCGCCGGCGAAGAGGGUCAAACUGGAGACCGCCGAGCCUGUUCAAGAUGCAGGCGCUGCCAUGAGCUUCAAGAUGGAGCAUGACGAAGACGAGGACGAUAUCGAGUUUGAAGAUGUGGUUUGA